AAAAUCGAACAGGAGAAAUAGGGGGGGCCCUCGGCGCCCACCACGAGAGAGGAGGGAAGAGGGAGGAAGAAGAAGCGGAUGAGGAAUGGGAGGAGCGGCGACCUGCUCAGCAACGAAACGGUCGUUGCCUGCCGCAUGCUGCACUGCAGUCGACCGCUUCCGGUGAUUGCGGCACGGCGGCCAAAAAAACUACGAUGGGAGGAGGAAGGAGGAGGGAGGGGAGGGGAGGAAUUGGAAGGAGGACCAGCAGCAUCAGCGUGGAGCUGCAGAAAACUGUGUCCGGAUCGGAGCGAUACGCAAUGAGGUGGCCAUUCGACUUGUGGAUCGCCACUUUGGGCAGAUUAUCAUGGCUGCCUCCCUCCCCUUCACCUUGGAAGAAGAGGCAAACAAAGAUCAGGAGGAGGAGGAGGGACAAUGGGAAGGAUGUGACGGGGAUCCAGACGGUAAUGCUUCGGAAUCGAGUAGCGACUUUGCGGGCACGGGGCGGCGUUGGUCAGGCAGCCUGCGGGCGUCAGCUCUCGCCGCUGUCCUCGGCCCUCAGGCGAGCACCCAGGAGGAGAAUCAGAUGCGAGGCGGAUGUCCAGCGCAGAUUCCCAUGAGAUGGUCAAAUCAUGGCGGGCGUCUUGGGGCGGAGGACGACGGCCCUACAGCAAGCCGUAGGGCCCAACUGGUGCCCAAAAGGAGCCCUCCGGGCGUUGCAUGGCCGAGCGGGCCAGAGCGUCAUCUCUCGCCGCUGUCGGGCGAGAUGGCCGUCAGCCUGCGGGCCUCUGCGGGGUGGUCGCCGCUGUCCACGCGGACCAGGGCGUCCGCGUCGGGCCCCGGGCCGCCCGCCGGGCCGCCCGCCGGGUCGGACAGGAACUGGACCUCCUCCUCCUCGGGCAGGCUGGCUGGCGCCUCUUCACCGAGCGCGCGCGGGCGGCCCCCAGCAGCCCCACCGCCGCCAGCAGCGACAGGGCGCCGGCCACCGCGGGUCCUCCCGCAGCACCUGACGGUCCGCAGCAGGCGCCGCCGCAUGCUGUGGCGUCAUCUGCGCGCCGAAGCCGAGCUCGGCCUCGAGCCCGCCGUCGAGCGAGUAGAGCCUGCGAGGCGCAGCCGCCCGCGCGUGGCCCUCGGCGAGCGCGCCGUGCAGCGGCGGCGGCUGCCAGUGCUGGGGGCACUCGGCCCUCGCCAUGCCGAGGCGCUCGCCUGGAUGGAGGAGUGAGCGGGCCAUGAACGAGAUGCCCAGCACGGUCUGAAACACGUGGUUCUCCAAAAAGGUCAGGCACCAGAGGCCGUUGUCAUUGCGCUCCUGAAACUGGUACUCCGACGGAUACCAGUCGAACCUCGAGUCCACGUCGAACGACACGCGGAUGGAGGGGAAGCUCGCGGGCCCCUGGCUCGCAUCCACACCUCCCAGCACUCGGAGCCUUCGCGGCUCGGGCGGUCACUCUUCCUCGCACCGCAGCCGUCUCGAGUGGCACAGAAGGCCGCGAUGUUCUCGAGGAUGCCUUUGUAGAGGGCGCUGGGGAAGUACGUGAACGUCGUGCCAGUGUCUACGAUGGUCACGCCGAAAUGCUUCUGGCCCCAGGCUACUAGCGUACCCUCCCCGUCCGACGCGGCACCGACGGCCACGCCCACGGGGAACACGAAGUGGUAGUGGUGCGGGCGCAGCCGCGCGCCCACGUGAUGCCCGCCUCCCCGCCGCCCCUGUGGAAGGAGGUGUUGUAGCCCCCGACCGUCAGGCGCCUCCCCACUCGGCCAGGCACAGUGAGAAGAUGCCUGUCCUGACGUGCUGCUUGUCCGCGAAGAGCUGUUCCAAGUCGCCGGGGGGCCCGCGGUGUGGCUGGGCGGGGCGAGGCCCAUGAUGCCGUUCGCGCGCUGCGAAUAGAACACCGGGGGCGGCCUGCUCUCCGCCGCGUGGCAGCCCAUGCGCACCCUCGCGGGCGGGUUCCCCUGCCGGGGCUCGCCGACCUGGACGCUGUCCUCGGCGAGCGACCCUGCUCCCCUCCGAGUAGUUCUCGGCGUACGCACAGCGGCCCCCGAGGCACCCGCCCGCGCCCGCGGGGCACUCCGCCGCGCCGCAGCCCGCCCACACGGCCGAGCCGGACUGGGCGACGUCGAACGCUGCCUCGUCCAUGUGCUUUCCGCAGUGCUCGCAGCCCUUGCAGGGAAAGCCCACCAGCCUACUGCCAGUGUCGACUAUGACGGAGACGCGCUGGCUGGCUGGAGUGCCCACCAGCAAGUCCACAAAAUAAUAACCAAUGAUGUCGCCAUACUGCGCGAUGUUGCCGUACAGGGGCGCGUACUCGAUCUUGGCCUCGUCGCUGUACACCAUGGUCGCGGCCGUCCCGGGCGCAAGCAACGUCCUACGCCAGCGCAGAUCACCGAUGGCAGCGGCAAUCGCCGGGAAAGGGCGGCCAUCCUCCACACGCGGCGCGAUCCCGGCCUGCGUGUGCCGAGAUGCGCGCGCGGGGCGCCACACACCACCAAAAAAAAUGAUGAUAAAAACGGGCCGCAGCCGAGCCGGCU